GGCCGCAGCGGUGCUGCCGAAAGGUCAAGGUGGGGAAAGCCCACAGGCUGGUCCCUGGGAUAAGCCACUGGCGGUCAGCGGUGACCGGGUGUCUGUCAGCUAGGGCUGCCCACCCAACACCAGAUGGACAGACCCUUACUUCUCAUGGUCUAGAGGCUGGAAGUCCAAGAUGGAGGGGUCAGCAGGACACAUGGACAUAUAUUAUCAUGCCCAGCUUGUCAAUGAGGGAGGCGAAGCAUCUGGUGAAGUCACGAAGUCAAGUCAGAGGCAGGGCCUGGACUGACCUGCAUCUGCAGGUCCCUGGAGCCCAGCACCCUUCCCUGUUCUGACCCGGGAGUCGCUGCACAACCCGGAGCCGGCUGGUGGGCGCCAGGCCUGAGAGCGGGUUCCCAGAGUUGGAGCUUUCAGAGGUGGAGUCGCUUGUUCAGUGACGAAGCUAGGGUGGGGCCGUGGGAACUGAUGGCUGAAAUGCAGGGGACAGAUGGAAGGAAUUAUCCUAGGAGGUGCCGUCGGUGGGAAGCCAGAUGGGUUUGGACAAGAGCAAAGGACAGGGUUUUAAAUGGCUCUGGAGGGAAGCCUGGAGUAGGAACCUCUUGGGGGACUUCAGGACCGUGCCACAGACGCAGGGUGGGCGGCUGCUGCACCCAGCUGGGCUCCCUGUCGGCCCUGAAGCACGCGGUCCUCGGGCUCUACCUGCUCGUCUUCCUGAUCCUCGUGGGCAUCUUCAUCUUGGCAGUGUCCAGGCCCCGGAGCUCCCCCGACGACCUGAAGGCCCUGACUCGGAACGUGAACCGGCUGAACGAGAGCUUCCGGGACUUGCAGCUGCGGCUGCUGCAGACUCCGCUGCAGGCGGACCUCACGGAGCAAGUGUGGAAGGCGCAGGACUCGCUGCAGAACCAGUCGGACUCGCUGCUGGCGCUGGCGGGCGCGGUGCAGCGACUGGAGGGCGCGCUGUGGGGGCUGCAGGCGCAGGCGGCGCAGACGGAGCAGGCGGUGGCCCUGCUGCGCGACCGCACGGGCCAGCAGAGCGACGCGGCGCAGCUGGAGCUCUACCAGCUGCAGGUGGAGAGCAACCGCAGCCAGCUGCUGCUGCGGCGCCACGCGGGCCUGCUGGACGGGCUGGCGCGCAGGGUGGGCGUCCUGGGCGACGAGCUGGCCGACGUGGGCGGCACCCUGCGCGGCCUCAACCACAGCCUGUCCUACGACGUGGCGCUGCACGGCACGCGGCUGCAGGACCUGCAGGUGUUGGUGAGCAACGCCAGCGAGGACGCGCGCCGCAUGCGGCUGGUGCACCUGGGCCUGGAGCGGCAGCUCAAGCAGGAGCUGGCCGUGCUCAACACCGUCACGGAGGACCUGCGCCUCAAGGACUGGGAGCACUCCGUCGCGCUGAGGAACCUCUCCCUGGCCAAAGGACCUCCAGGCCCCAAAGGUGAUCAGGGGAGUGAAGGGAAGGAAGGCGAGCCUGGAAUCCCUGGAUUGCCUGGACUUCGAGGUCUGCCAGGCGAGAGAGGAACCCCAGGACUACCCGGCCCUAAGGGUGAUGACGGGAAACUGGGUGCCACAGGCCCGAUGGGCAUGCGUGGGUUCAAAGGUGACCGAGGUCUGAAAGGAGAGAAAGGAGAGCGAGGAGAUCGGCCAGGAGAUGCCAGUGGCAUGGAGGCCAUGCUGAUCCGGCUGGUGAACGGCUCGGGCCCGCACGAGGGCCGCGUGGAGGUGUACCACGACCGGCGCUGGGGCACCGUGUGUGACGACGGCUGGGACAAAAAGGACGGCGACGUGGCCUGCCGCAUGCUGGGCUUCCGCGGCGCGGAGCAGGUGUACCGCACGGCGCGGUUUGGGCAAGGCACCGGGAGGAUCUGGAUGGAUGACGUCGCCUGCAAGGGCACAGAGGACACCAUCUUCCGCUGCAGCUUCUCCAAAUGGGGGGUAUCGAACUGCGGACACGCCGAGGACGCGGGAGUGACGUGCAGCCGACACUGACGGGGGGCGCCCCAGCUUGGGGGCCGCAGCCGGCCUCCUUCCUGCUCUCCAGGGCGGGGGCAUCGCUCGGGUCACCCUGACCAGCUCUGCCUCGCCCAGCCCAGCAGCGCCCCCCUCCCGGGCCAGUAGCAACCUGUUGCCCUUGUCCCCGUGGACAUCUCCAAGGUGCCACUCUGCGUCUACUUCCUGCCCCUACCCCAGGACCCACUCGGGGGGGCCCCUUGCCUGGCCUCCUAGACACCCGGCCCGGCUCCCGAGGCCUCGUUCCUCCCGUCUGUGGCUCGACGUGAACGCUGACAGGAUGUCGAAGAGAAACGCAGCCCUAGGCACGGGAGGGAGUACCAGAGGGUUCUCUUUGCAGAUCAUUCCCAGACCUGUUAGGCCAAGCGUCCUGACAUCUCUCCAGCCACGGGCAACACCCAGAGACUCCCGUUCCCCUCUUUGCUCUGCCUCUGCCCCCCGAUGUUAGUUUGCUGACGUGACUUAGAGAGGCAGCUGCAGGAACAAGAGGGAAACACAAGAGCCGAUCCAGACGUGGAGGGGGCGGGCGAUGUGUGUGUGCUGCGAGACCAGCACGCACGCAUCAGGCCCCGUGGCGCCUGGGUGCACACGGCCUGCUGGAGGCACUGCCCACGCCCUGGCCUGCAAGCCAGAAGACUGAGAACAACUGACCUCUGUGUCCACCGCAGCGCGCCUGGCCGGGCUUGAGCAGGCAGCUCGCGGUGCACGCGGGUGACUGAGUUACAAACCUACAAUGCUCAGGUGUGAGUGCGAGACCAGACACGGCUUGUUCCCAGGUCAGCCAGGCACACAGGGGGUAUGGAGGGCGACACAGGGUUGUCUGGGCGAAGCGGAGACCAGCGCUCAGUGCCUGGCAUCACCGUUCAAGUCAAGUCCUCUGCAUUGUUAGGAGGGCAUGAUAUAGAACAUUCCAGGCUUCUUGGGUGUGAUCCUGGGGUCAAGCGAACAUGUGUCCUGGUGGAUCCUACCAAGGUGUCAGGAAAUGGAUUCUCUCUAACCUCUGGAGCAGGAUGGGCACAGGAAUCUGCAAGUCCUCAUCCCGCGCCCUCCCCCGGGAGGUCAUGUUCUGCUUCGGACAGGAGGAAGGGGCCGAGCCGCUCACAUCAUGCUCCAGGACUGGGGCUGCAUGGCAACAAGUGCGCACAGACCCACUGCACCUAGGGAGCCAAAAGGCUCAGCCAGACCCGGGGUGCACACACGCCUGCAAGCUGGGUGAGCAGCAGCUUGUCUGGGGCUCCUCCGAUGCAGACCAGCAAAGAUCCUAAACUAGUCUGUGCUGUUGGUUGUUCUUUGCUUACAAUAUACUCGAUAUUCAUUAAUGCCCUAGUGACCAGAGACUCUUUCUGCCAUUGCUAUGUGUAGGCAACACGCAGGGCCCGUGCCUCUCUUGUCCCGGGCCGACCACGCACGUGCGCGCAUGUAGACAGAGCGCUCUUCCCCGUUGGCUCCGCGCAUCGCAAAGUUUGCAUUUAAAGAAGAAAAUGCUACAGGUGGAGAGAUGUCACAUUGAAUGCAAUAAAUUCCUAAGAUGGUUCUGGAAAACACCCACUUGCCCCAGUAAGGAGGACCCAUAUAAGUUGGUCUUUGGGGAGGAAAAAAAAAGUCUUGUUUUCCAUCAAAUGAAAACAACAGCGAUAAGUGUUUGAACCUUAAAAUAAAAGUCUACUGGUUUACAAUCCUACUUAAGAGGGCAUGGAAAUAACCAUGGACCUGUAUUUCAGGGACUAGAGGAAAUUAGGCCUGGCCUAAAAUACAUCAGGCCUUUUUGUAAGAAAAAAUUUCAAUAAAGCUGAAAACAUGUC